GUAGCCUACUCACCACCAGAGAAGAAGCAGUAUGUAAGCAGUAUAAUAACAAAGAUUCUCUAUACUAUAAUAAGUAGCAGUUAGUUGUGGAGCCGAGGCAAUGCUGGUGAGUCCAACAUGUCUGUGCUCAACCCAACUGUUCUGCUCUGUGUGUAUGGCUUCUUUUCCAAUCUCCGGCCGUCGGAGCCUUUCCUCACCGCCUACCUCAUGGGACCAGACAAGAACCUGACAGAGACUCAGGUCGUCAAUGAAAUCUAUCCAAUUUGGACAUAUUCCUACCUGGUGUUGCUGUUCCCCAUCUUCCUAGCCACUGACUACCUCUGUUAUAAGCCUGUAUUGGUCCUGCAGGCCAUAAGCUUAGUAGUUACCUAUGUUAUGUUGCUAAAGACACAGGGCAUGCUGACAAUGCAGCUCCUGGAGUGUUUCUUUGGGCUGGCCACGGCCUCGGAGGUGGCCUACUACUCCUACAUCUACAGCAUCGUGGAGCCGGCACACUACCAGAGAGUGACGGGUUACUGCCGCAGCAUCGCUCUGUUUGGAUCAGCUGCUGGAUCUCUGAUUGGUCAGCUCCUGCUCUCUGUGGCCAGAGUUCAGCUGGUCCACCUCGUCAUCAUCACUCUGACGUCAGCCGCUGUGGCCUGUGUUGCUCCCUGGUUUCUACCCAUGCCCAAGAGGAGCUUGUUCUUCCACAAGAGUCCAGGACCAGCAGAGGAGAAGCCACGCAGCAGCACAGCACUGUUGGAAAAGGCUGGGGAUUCAGAGAGUGAAUUGCCUCUAAACAGCCAGGAUGUCUACACAAUGUCCAGGUCUUUUAAGACAGGAAGCCAUAACAGUGGUCUUGUGGAGGUGUUACGGAUACUGUUUGAUGACUUCCUGCAGUGCUACAGGUAUCAGCCCCUGCUUGCAUGGUCGCUGUGGUGGGCACUGGCCACGUGCGGCUACUUCCAGGUCAUCAACUACGCUCAAGCAUUAUGGGAGAACGUUCGUCCAUCCCAGGACUAUGAAAUCUACAAUGGCUACGUAGAGACACUGUCCACAGUGCUAGGGGCUCUGGCAGCUCUGUUGGUGGGCUACCUGCCUGUAUGCUGGGCUCUGUGGGGUGAGCUGGCUCUGUGUGCCCUCUCCCUGCUGAUGGCUGUGUGUGUGUUUGUCAUGGACACACUGAGGAACAUCUGGCUAUGUUACAGCUCAUACGUCCUUUUCAGAGCCACAUACAUGUUGCUCAUUACUGUGGCUACAUAUCAGAUUGCAGCUAGUCUCAAUAUGCAUCGCUAUGCCUUGGUGUUUGGAGUAAACACCUUUGUGGCCCUGCUGCUGCAGUCUCUCCUCACUGUGGUGGUGGUGGACUCAGCUGGCCUCGGCCUCGACGUUUUCACGCAGUACCUCAUCUAUGGCGGUUACUUUGCUGUAAUUUCAAUGGUCUUUCUCCUUGCUGGGCUUUGCAAAUUGGCCAACAGGAGACGCUCCAAACAAGAGGAGGAGGGCCUGGCCAACAGCCAAGCUUAAAGAGUCAGACUCUCCUCCAAUCAGAUGCAGAUAGGACAUACAUUUUAAUGUUAGAGCUUGUUUAGCUUCUCACAUACUAAGCACCAUAGGUGAACUUCUCUAAUCUCUUUAACCGCAUAGUUUUUUUCAUUGUAUUGUUCUGUAUUGAGAGUAGCCUGCAGUCAUUAGACUGCAGGCUACUCUCUGUGGCUUUGCCUACACUUAUUAAAACACCUCAAGAUGGAUUAAUUAAAGUUAAAUUAAAGUGGCAGAAGAACAAGCUAACAGACACACAGCCCUGCCAUAUCAUUAUAUGGUCGUUAUGGCUAACAUAUUAGAUUUGAGUUGGACAUGUUUUACACAUUUGAAAAUUAAUGCUGGGCAGUCAAUGUCAGUGGGUUUAUUACAAUUGUAAUAAACCCACUGACAUUGGUGUAGUCAUUCGAUUCAGUGCGAAAAAAAAAGCAAGAUUGAUAAGACCAUAACCCUAACCCUUUAAAAGACCACCUUUUGCUGAUCACAGAUACAUCUACUGAAUUUGAUUUUUGUCCAUUUCCCAGCUUAAUGAAUUGGUUAAAUAGACUUGAUGUGAAAAAAAACUUUUGCUAAAAUUUGUGUAUGUUUUCACAUGACAAAGAUUGAUUGAUUGAUUGAUUGAUUGAUUGAUUGAUUGAUUUAAAAGCUAAAUAAAAACUAGCAAUGGUACCUUAAUAGUACUACUACUUAUGUGUUACAAUUGGCACCAUCCAAAAAAGAUAUGUUUGCAUUUGUACAUGUAUUAUCUUCCUGUAAUUGCAAAGAUUGUAUUUAAGUAUUGGUACUAAUAAGGAGUGUUGGAAACGGGUUUAUCAAUAUUAUCUUCAAUGUAUGCCAAUUAAACAAUGCUCUUGAAGCUUGAAAUGAUUUUAUUAUUAUUUUUGUUUACCUGCACCACAUGUUUGAUAUG